CUGGAGGCGUGUGGUCAUUGCACAGACACACCGCGGGUGACUGGGUCUACACAGCUAAAGAAACCUGGGUGUUUUUCAGCUCAGAGGACGAUCCCUUGGACAGCAGGACUCUGACCUGGCUUGGGAGUGAGCUGUACUGAGGAGAGUACCCUUCCCUAAGGAGCAGCCAACAGAGGCUGGGAGACAGACAGACAGCUCAGGCUGAAGCAACACUCUUUCGGACUGGAACGCAGACGCAGGCUGUUGGGAAAACUUGAGAUCCCACUGCUGACAACAUGACGCAAGGAACGCCAGAGAGCUCAAGCUUUAUUGAGGACACCAUUGAGUAUUUCAGGGACUCCAUGAGCCGGGAUGAACUGCAUCUCCUACUGACUGACCAGAAAGCCUGGGAGAACUUCCUGGCUGAGGCCACCCUGCCCAGGGAGGAGGCAGAGGUGCUCCGUGAACAUCUGAGAAAGCUAGAAGAAGACAUGUAUAUGGAGGACAUGGACAGGCUCCAGAGUGACCCCCUCGAGAGGGAACGCUUUUUGAAAGAGUUUUCCUGGUUGAAAGAGGAGCUUGAGGGGCAAAUACGAAAGCUCCGUGAGCUUGCGGACGAGGCUGACAAGGUACACAGGAACUGCACCGUCACCAACAUCGUGGCCAGCUCCACUGGAGCCACAUCAGGUGUCCUGUCCAUGCUGGGCCUGGCUCUGGCCCCUGUGACAGCAGGGGUCAGUCUGACACUCUGUGCAACUGGGAUGGUGCUGGGAACAGCAUCCGCUGUCACUAGCGUGUCCAGCAGCAUCGUGGAGCACACAAAAACAUCGUCACUGAAAGCUAAAGGCAAUCAGCUGACAUCGGCUGGCAGUGACAAAGAGGAGGGAUUUUCAAAGGCUAUGUGUAUGAAAAUACCCCAAAUUGUUUCCUUAACAAAGAACUGCAUUGAAGUCGUGCAAAACGUUGGAAAGCAUGUUCGUGCCAUCAAGCUGGCCAAAGCCAAUCCUCGCUUAUUGGCCCGCGCCAAGCGCCUCAUGACAGCUGGGAGAGUCUCAGUUCGGAGUGGCAAGCAGGUGCAGAAAGCGUUUGGAGGCACUGCUCUGGCAAUGACCAAAAGAGCCAGGAUCAUGGGAGCAGCCACCACAGGCAUCUUCCUUGUGAUGGAUGUGGCCAACAUUGUGGAAGAAUCAAAGCACUUGUAUGAGGGGGCAAAGGCAGAGUCAGCUGAAGACUUCAGGAUGCAGGCCCAGUUUCUGGAGAGCAAGUUGGAGGAGCUCAUCCAGACUCAUGAACGUCUGAAGAAGGCCUGACCCGUGACCUCCGAGUAGGGCAGGGAGCAGGGCCAGGUGUGGGUAUUUCAGAUCUGUGUGGUUCUCCCAGUCUUCUGUUCUAUAAGCUGCUUCAGUAAAUGUGGGCUGACACAGCGG